AUGAGACUCCCCAAACUCCUCACUUUCUUGCUUUGGCACCUGGCUUGGCUGGACCUGGAAUUCAUCUGCACUGUGUUGGGUGCCCCUGACUUGGGCCAGAGACCCCAGGGGGCCAGGCCAGGAUUGGCCAAAGCAGAAGCCAAGGAGAGGCCCCCUCUGGCCCGGAGCAUCUUUAGGCCAGGGGGUCACAGCUAUGGUGGGGGGGCCACCAAUGCCAGGGCAAAGGGGGGCACCGGGCAGACAGCAGGCCUGACACAGCCCAAGAAGGAUGAACCCAAAAAGCUGCCCCCCAGAUCGGGUGGCCCUGAACCCAAGCCAGGACACCCUUCCCAGACAAGGCAGGCUGCAACGCGGACUGUGACCCCAAAAGGACAGCUUCCUGGGGGUAAGUCACCCCCAAAGGCAGGAUCUGUCCCCAGCCCCUUCCUGCUGAAGAAGGCCAGGGAGACUGGGCCCCCUCAAGAGCCCAAGGAGCCGUUCCGCCCGCCCCCCAUCACACCCCACGAGUACAUGCUCUCGCUGUACAGGACGCUGUCCGAUGCUGACAGAAAGGGAGGCAACAGCAGCGUGAAGUUGGAGGCUGGCCUGGCCAACACCAUCACCAGCUUUAUUGACAAAGGGCAAGAUGACCGAGGUCCUGUGGUCAGAAAGCAGAGGUACGUGUUUGACAUUAGUGCCCUGGAGAAGGAUGGGCUGCUAGGGGCCGAGCUGCGGAUCUUGCGGAAGAAGCCCUCAGACGCGGCCAAGCCAGUGGCCCCCGGCAUCAGGCGGGCUGCCCAGCUGAAGCUGUCCAGCUGCCCCAGCGGCCGGCAGCCGGCAGCCUUGCUGGAUGUGCGCUCCGUGCCAGGCCUGGACGGAUCUGGCUGGGAGGUGUUCGACAUCUGGAAGCUCUUCCGAAACUUUAAGAACUCAGCCCAGCUGUGCCUGGAGCUGGAGGCCUGGGAACGGGGCCGGGCCAUGGACCUCCGUGGCCUGGGCUUUGACCGGGCUGCCAGGCAGGUCCACGAGAAGGCCCUGUUCCUGGUAUUUGGCCGCACCAAGAAACGGGACCUGUUCUUUAACGAGAUUAAGGCCCGAUCCGGCCAGGAUGAUAAGACUGUGUAUGAGUACCUGUUCAGCCAGCGGCGAAAAAGGCGGGCCCCACUGGCCACCGGCCAGGGCAAACGGCCCAGCAAGAACCCCAAGGCCCGCUGCAGUCGGAAGGCACUGCAUGUCAACUUCAAGGACAUGGGCUGGGAUGACUGGAUCAUCGCGCCCCUUGAGUAUGAGGCCUUCCACUGUGAAGGGCUAUGUGAGUUCCCCUUGCGCUCCCAUCUGGAGCCCACGAACCAUGCCGUCAUCCAGACCCUGAUGAACUCCAUGGACCCUGAGUCCACGCCACCGACCUGCUGUGUGCCCACACGACUGAGUCCCAUCAGCAUCCUCUUCAUUGACUCUGCCAACAACGUGGUCUAUAAGCAGUAUGAGGACAUGGUUGUGGAGUCUUGUGGCUGCAGGUAG